UCUUUCCUCCACCCUCCGCAGCGGCAGCAGCGUCCCUCCUGUCUCUCCGGGACUGCCUGUCCUCAGAGGCAGAGUUUUUACUCAAUAAACCGUCACACAGGAAGGUCCACGACCCGCAGACAACAUGGUGAACUUCACUGUGGAUCAGAUCCGUGCCAUCAUGGACAAAAAGUCCAACAUCAGAAAUAUGUCGGUCAUAGCCCACGUGGACCAUGGGAAGUCCACGCUGACCGACUCACUGGUGUCCAAGGCGGGGAUCAUCGCCUCAGCUCGGGCUGGAGAGACGCGCUUCACAGACACGCGCAAAGACGAGCAGGAGCGCUGCAUCACCAUAAAAUCCACAGCCAUCUCCUUGUAUUAUGAACUUGGAGACAAUGACUUGGCCUUCAUCAAGCAAAGUAAAGAUGGAAACGGCUUCCUCAUUAACCUGAUUGACUCUCCGGGUCACGUUGAUUUCUCCUCUGAGGUCACCGCCGCCCUCAGAGUAACUGACGGAGCCCUGGUUGUGGUCGACUGUGUCUCAGGUGUGUGCGUGCAGACUGAGACCGUGCUGCGGCAGGCCAUCGCUGAGCGCAUCAAACCAGUUCUGAUGAUGAACAAGAUGGACCGGGCCCUGCUGGAGCUGCAGCUGGAGACAGAUGAGCUUUACCAGACAUUUCAGCGUAUUGUUGAGAAUGUCAAUGUUAUAAUCUCCACCUACGGAGAAGAUGAGGGCGGACCCAUGGGAAACAUCAUGAUCGACCCUGUUGUUGGUACCGUUGGCUUCGGCUCCGGCCUCCAUGGCUGGGCUUUCACACUGAAGCAGUUUGCUGAGAUGUAUGUGGCCAAGUUCACAGCUAAAGGUGUGGCUCAGCUGGGACCAGCAGAGAAGUGCAAGAAGGUGGAGGACAUGAUGAAGAAGCUGUGGGGAGACAGAUAUUUUGAUCCCAGUGCCGGCAAGUUCAGUAAGACUGCCAACGGCCCUGAUGGUCAGAAGUUACCUCGUACCUUUUGCCAGCUUGUUUUGGAUCCUAUUUUUAAGGUGUUCGAUGCUAUCAUGAAUUUCAAAAAGGAAGAAACAGCCAAACUUAUCGAAAAGCUGGACGUCAAGCUGGACUCCGAGGACAAGGAGAAAGAGGGCAAGCCUCUGCUCAAGGCUGUGAUGCGUCGCUGGCUACCUGCUGGAGAAGCCUUGCUCCAGAUGAUCACCAUCCACCUGCCCUCGCCCGUCACUGCACAGAAAUACCGCUGUGAGCUUCUCUACGAAGGGCCGGGAGACGACGAAGCUGCCAUGGGUAUUAAGAACUGCGAUCCCAAGGCUCCUUUAAUUAUGUAUAUUUCGAAGAUGGUCCCGACAAGCGACAAGGGGCGUUUCUAUGCCUUUGGCCGUGUGUUUUCUGGCAGUGUGUCCACAGGCUUGAAGGUGCGCAUCAUGGGGCCAAACUUCACUCCUGGCAAAAAGGAGGACCUCUACAUCAAACCUAUUCAGAGGACCAUUCUGAUGAUGGGUCGAUAUGUGGAGCCUAUUGAAGAUGUUCCUUGUGGCAACAUAGUGGGUCUAGUUGGUGUUGAUCAGUUCUUGGUUAAGACAGGAACAAUUACCACCUUUGAACAGGCCCACAACAUGAGGGUGAUGAAGUUCAGUGUGAGUCCCGUGGUCCGAGUCGCUGUUGAGGCCAAGAAUCCUGCUGAUUUGCCCAAACUGGUGGAGGGCCUGAAGCGCCUGGCCAAGUCUGACCCCAUGGUUCAGUGCAUCAUCGAGGAGUCCGGGGAGCACAUCAUCGCUGGAGCAGGAGAACUGCACCUGGAGAUCUGCCUUAAAGACUUGGAGGAGGACCAUGCCUGCAUUCCACUGAAGAAAUCAGACCCGGUGGUCUCCUACAGAGAGACAGUGAUGGAGGAAUCAGACCAGAUGUGUCUGUCCAAGUCUCCCAACAAGCACAAUCGUCUCUUCAUGAAGUCCCGCCCGUUCCCAGAUGGACUUGCUGAAGAUAUUGAGAAAGGGGAAGUCAGUGCUCGGCAGGAGCUCAAGGCUCGUGCCCGCUACCUCGCCGACAAGUACGAGUGGGAGGUGACGGAGGCCAGGAAGAUCUGGUGUUUUGGUCCAGACGGAACUGGAUCCAACCUGCUGAUGGACGUAACAAAGGGGGUCCAGUACCUCAAUGAAAUCAAGGACAGUGUUGUGGCUGGUUUCCAGUGGGCAACUAAAGAGGGUGCACUGUGUGAAGAAAACAUGCGCGCAAUCCGCUUCGACAUCCAUGACGUCACACUACACGCAGACGCUAUCCACCGGGGUGGAGGACAGAUUAUUCCCACAGCUCGUAGAGUCCUUUAUGCGUGCCAGCUCACUGCACAGCCUCGACUCAUGGAGCCCGUCUAUCUCGUGGAGAUACAGUGCCCAGAGGCGGUGGUUGGUGGCAUCUACGGCGUGCUGAACAGGAAACGUGGGCACGUGUUCGAGGAAUCCCACGUGAUGGGAACACCCAUGUUUGUGGUGAAAGCCUACCUGCCCGUCAACGAAUCCUUCGGGUUCACAGCUGACCUGCGCAGCAACACUGGAGGCCAGGCCUUCCCUCAGUGUGUAUUCGACCACUGGCAGAUUCUCCAGGGAGACCCCAGUGACCCCAACACCAAACCCUUCCAAGUUGUCAAUGAUAUUAGAAAACGCAAAGGUCUAAAAGAAGGCAUACCUGCUCUAGAUAACUACUUGGACAAAUUGUAAACACUUAUCCCGGAUCAUAAAGUACCAAAUCAGUACCAAACCCUACCCAUCGGGCACUUUAAAACCUUUGCACAGGCUUACAGAUACAUCGCACAAGUUGAUUUGACUUUGAGUCCAAAGUAGAAAUGAGGAGAGCAGCGCUGCUUUUUAAAAAAUAAUUAUUUCAUUUCCACCGCUACAGUACACCAAGUGCCUGGGGUAGGGGGUUUGGAAAACAAUUGGAUCAAAGCAAUUAUUCCUCAUUUCUUCUAUUCCUUCACAUCAGCCCACCUUUCCUUCCACUCAUCUGCCAAGAUGGGCCUGUUAAUUGCACUGUGAUACUGCUGCAAUAAUGCUUGUUUCAACGGAUUAUAGCCAGAAAUCACAAUAAAGUGUUACAGAAGAUAAACUUACUGGAUUGGACUUUUGUUCAGUGGAUGUGACAAAUAAAAAAAAAAAAUCAAACCAUGACAAA